AUGACUGCUAACUCUAAAGACAGUAGCGUCGCUUUGAGCAAUAUUGAUGCCAUUAACACAAGUAUUUCCGAUGAUGAUAGCGACGACUUCUUUAUGGAUAAUUCUUUUGAUGAAAAUGAUUACAAUCAGAGUGACGAUAGUAAUGAACGAAAUGUCAUAAUUGAUUCUAAAGUUACAGAUUCCCAGCCCCUUCAUUUAUCUCUGUCAGCAUCUGAAGAGGAAGAUAAAAAUGUAAACCAGCAAAGUCUUUCCGAUAGCGAGUCAUCUAGUGAAAGUGCGAGUUCAGCAAACAUUAUAAAACUCAAAUCAGACAAGCCAUCAGGUAGGACAAGAGGAAGAUCUAUGAUAAAAGAAUCUGUGGUUGAAAUAGAAUCAUCUGGAUCAAGGCAAAACAAUAACAAAUACCAUCAUAGAUCAAGAUCAAGGUCUAAAUCGAGUAUAAGAUCUUUAUCGCCUGAACAAAAAUAUAAACGACAGAAAAACUCACUAUUAAAUGCUUAUGACGAAAAUGAUGAUUUCUUUAAAGAGCUUGCUAAGGAGGCUAAGAAAACUACUAGCAUGUCAAAAGAUUCAACACCCGAUCAGCCCAAACGAGUUUAUAACAUAAAGUUUUUUUCUAAGCUAGAAGGAACUAUAAAUAAGGCCGUUCAGGUAAAAGUUUUGGGAAAGUACGAAUUUUCAAAAAUACUACCUGCUGCAUUGGACGGGCUGAUGAAAUCUUAUAAAAUUCCUAAAGUCAUGAAGGAUAUUUACAAAGUAGAGAAUGUGACUCUUUAUUGGAACAAUGCAAAGUUAUUAAAUUUUAUGACUUGUAACUCUUUGCAUAUUCCGCAAGAUUUUGAAAAUGAAAUAUCUGACAUCGAUAUUACUGUCGUCUCGAAAGAGUAUGAAAAGAAUUUUGAGGCAACUUUAGAAUCAAAAUUGAAAGAGGAAGAAACAGCAAUGUUUGCAAAAGAACGCCAAGAAAUGGAAAUGAAGUUAGAAAAAAAGAGAAACGAGCGGGAAGAAUCUGAAUUCCGUGAAUUUGAAUUUGAAUUAAGAAAYGUCAAAGAAACAGAAGAAUUGAAAGCAACAGAGACAAUUAUGAAUGAACCUUCUUUACGAGAAGGCAACUUGAUAAAAGAAAACAAAAAUGGCGAUAAUGAAAAGGUUAUGAAAAUUGCCCUUAUGGGGCAAGAUAAUAAAAAGAUUUAUGUGAAUGUUAGAAACUCUACGCCAUUUUUCAAAGUAGCUGAAUAUUAUAGAAUUCAAAAACAACUACCUCAAAAGGCGAAAAUCAAACUACUGUUUGAUCAUGACGAACUAAAUUUGAAUGAAUGUAUAGCGGAUCAGGAUAUGGAGGAUGAAGAUAUGGUCGACGUCAUUGUCGAGUAG